AUGGAGUUAUCAAGUAAUGAUCGUACAUUGUUUAGUCUUGUUUUCUCAAAAUUUAAACCAUUGUGUGAUUCUCUUGUAACUCUAUUAACAAGACAAUCUAUAAAUACAACCAAUAAUAAUAAUAAUAAUAAUAAUGAACAAACAACAAUUACAACAGAGAUAACUAAUCUUCUUCAAUCACUCUAUGAGAAGAUAGAUCAAACAGAACCAAAACCACUUUCACUACUAUUAGAUUAUUUGUAUAUACCAAUUGUAUUGUUAUUAUCACCAAACAAAGUAAAUAAUCAAACGAUAAGAAUCAUCAUCUCAAGAGAUAACAUACAAUGUCAAUCUUUGCAACUGCUCAAUUUAAUUACAACAAAACUAUCGAAUUACAACUUGGAUAAUCAACAACAACAACCUUUAUAUUUACCACAAACAAGACAAUUCGUAGAGAUAAUUCAAUUAUUAUGUAAUAUAAUAUUUAAUUCAAUAGUUAGAAAGAAUAAUAAUCUUGAAAAUGAACAGCAACAACAACAACAAAAAUCAGAAAUACAAUAUAAUUUAUCGGAAGAAUAUUUAAUUGAAUUGCUGGAUUGUAUUAGAUCUGUUUAUCAAUGGUGGACACCUGUUUGUAAAUCGAUGGAGACUGCCAUCGAUAGUAAAGGUGAAAUCUUUAUUACUUUGGCAUUCUCUAUAUCUACGCUACUGGAUCUAUUAGUUGCCAAGUCGAUCUCUAGAAACAGCAAAUUGACAGUCACUCACACACUGGAAGUCAUCUUGAAUCCACUGCUCACCAACAACAAACAACAACCGAUCGUUGAAAGCAUCCUACCCGCCACCUCCACAACUCUAUUCAAGCUUAUCAUCUCUGACUACAAACUUGGAACCAACAUAAAAAUACAAUCACUAAAGUUAUUUACAAAUUUAAUUGUAUCUGCUUUUACUACCAAUAACAACAACAAUAGUAAUAGUAAUUUUGAUAUUAAUGAUAUGUUAACAGAUGAUUAUAAGAUAACAACAACAACAACAACAACAAAAACACCACCAGCAGCAACAACAACAAGAAUGUCAAUGGAAUUAUCACAAUCGGAAAAGAAUAUAUUUAAAUUUAUAAGUGUAAUAUUUCCACAUUCAAAUAGCUAUUCAAAGCUGAGGAAUGUGGAUAUUGAUAGUCAGAGACAAGAGUUGGAACAGCAGUUUAUGCAUAGUAAUAAGCAGAAACAACAACGAUUCAACUAUGGUGGUUUCAUGUCUACUCCGCUAAAGUGGAGUAUGAAGGUUGCACUGGUCGAAUGUGCAGAACGUUUGAUUAUGGUGCCAUCACUACACUCCACUCUACCGAUUCUCUUGGAGACAUUGGUAUGGUACUCGCUAGAUGACUAUGAAGAAGUAUCGACCAUUGCUAGAAACAGAUUGUCCAUUCUAAAACAACAGAAUGGAAUGGAUAUACAAUCUUUGCUAUUAGAGAAUUUCAAUCAUCUAGUUCAAGCAAUGCCAAGAUUGAUAUGUGGAACCGAGGAGCAUAAGAUUCUAGAGGAGGAGAAGAAGGAAGCGAUUGCCAAGUUGGUGUUAUCCUAUAUUAAAACGAUCGAUACCAAUAGUUUAGAUAGCUUUUUAAAUGUUAGAAUGGAGUUGAUAUCAACUGUUUUAUUGCAGUUGUUGGAGAUGAAGUUACCUUCGAGUGGUGAGAAAGAUGAAGAUGAUAGCAAUAGCUUGAUAAGUAAAGCAUCAAAGUCAUUAGAAGAAACAUUGAAAGUAGUUAGCGACAAUCCAUUUAAUAGAAAUAGUAAUAAUAGUAGUAGUAAUAAACGUUUAAUGGAAGUUAGUAAUAAGCUAGUACGUCCAUAUAUUCAUAUACAAACAGAACAGUUGGAACAUUGGAUAUUUGAGAUAAUAAGAGAGGUUGCCAAGUCGAUUGCACUCACCAAUUGGAUCGAUGUAUUACUCUCGAACUCAACUCUAUCUAGAUCACCAUUGAGAAAGGAGAUCAUACUCGUAAUGAAUCAAUUAAUGAUUGGUUCAACACAACAACAACAACAACAACAACAACAAUUACCAAUUGAUUUCUCAACAAUCAUGUAUUUAUUAGAUGAAUAUUUGGAGCCAGAAUUAAUGAAUCUACCAAUAUCCAAUCCAUCAGAUGAUUAUAAUACAAUUAAUAUCAAUAACAAUAAUAACAGUAAUAAUAAUAAUAAUAAGUAUUUUGAACAAUAUUUAGAUAAUACAAUAUUACAAUCUUUGAUAAUCGAAGGUAUAGGAUCAAUGGCACCACUUUUAAAGAAUAAGAAACAUCAAACAUUGUUUAUUAGUAAAGUACUAUAUCAUUUGAUGGAGAAGUUUGGUGUUGCUUCUCACGACACAACUGGAAUUCUUAUGAGAUCUUGCCGAUUGGCAUUGAAUAACAUUACAUCUCUGUUCAACUAUGAUUCACUAGAAGAUAUCGUAUAUAAGAAUUCUGAUUAUUUAUUAGAUAAAAUAGAGAGUAAUAUGAAAUAUCUACAUUCAUAUCCUAAUACACCUAAUGUAUUCGAAGGUAUUUUAAAUAUCACUGGUAUGGGAUUUCUUCCGUUCCUCAAGGAUACGGUGGAGAUUAUUCUAUUCUCAUUGGAUGUAUCGACAGAGAAUAGCGAGAGUAUAAUCAUUUUCAUAAAGAUAUUGUAUAAUAUCAUUAGAGUAUUAUAUAACAAUUCGAAAUUGGAGAUUGAAUAUAAUCAAAAUCAACAACAACUUUUAGAACAACAAAGACAACAACAAAGAGAUGGAGAAGAAGAGAAGAUGAUGGAUUUAGAUGAUAAUAUGAAAGAAUCUAAUUCAUCAUCAAUCAGUGAUAUAAAGUCAUUCUUUAUGAAUCAUCAUCAACAGAAACAAUUGAAUGAACAAGAGCAUAACUAUUGGGGUGGUGCUACAACACUAAAGGAGAAAGAAGCUAUUAUUGCCAAGCUACAGAAACAGCGGAACAGUAGGAAAGCUGCUGUUGGAAAAGAUGAAUUCAAAACAACUACAGAGACUCAGAGACAGCUACUGAGUGACAUCAUCCACAAAUGUAAGCAUUUUUUGGGUUCCAGAAGCAGAGCUAUCAAGAUGGCAACACUUGACAUUAUGGAUAUGGGACUACUGAUUGUUUCCACCGGUAAUAGAAACUAUGGUGGUGAUGAAGAUGAGCAGGAAGAAGAAGUGGAAACAGAUGGAGAUGAUAUGUCGCUAUCAGGUGAUGAUUUAAAGAAAACACCACGUGUCAAUCCUGUCACUGCCAAUGAUAAGAAACCAAAGGUGGCGUUGUUCCCGCUGAUUCACAGUAUUUGGCCGUCUAUCAUCAAGCGUAUCGAACAAACGGAUGAUCGCGCCACAAGCAAACGUGCAUUGGAACUCAUACAGAGCAUCACCAAACUCUCAAAGGAUUUCAUCGCACAGAGAUUCUGGACAGAUCUAUUCCCUAUUCUCAAAAAGAUAAUUCAACGUGAACUAAAACAACAACAGAGAGAGUCAACAACGACAACAUCAACAACAACAGCAAUAUCAUUGUUGGACGGUGGUAGUGAACAACAAAGAGAGUCAUCAAAGAUAUCAUUUAAUAUUGUAUCUGAUAAUCAACAACAGCAACAGAAUCAACAACUAUCGGGUAGUUCAACAACAGCAAAGUCAACAAAGCAACAACAACCUUUGAUUACACCAAUUACAGAGACUAAAGAUUUGAUGGCAGCUAAAUCUAUGAAGUUUACACCUUCGUUCAAGAUUCAGAGUAUUAUUCUCGAUUCACUUUUGGUCAUCAUCCAAACACUGAAAUUGAAUCAACAACAGUUGAUUGAGGUGGCCAGACUGACUCUUCCAUACUUGUCAUCCACACAACCUGAAUCUUUCCAAUCAACCACAGUCGACAUUUGGAAGAUACUUUUGGAAAAAGAUUAUGAUUCACUAUGGUUAUUACUCUUCAAUUUCUCUGGUCAAUUCCAAAACUAUCAAUCUCCUCCUCACCCAUCAUUGAAACCACUUCCAAGAUUCCACACAUUUAAUGAAUAUAAAGUUAACUCAUUAAAGUUGUUAAAAUAA